GCGCCUCCAAUCGGAUUUCCCGGCGCCGGCUCGAGACAUUUUUUUUCCUCUCGUCUUUUCCGAGACAAGAGGUGAAGCUGAAAAACAAGUUUACUCACAGUGCAUGACGAGAGGAAGGCACGGAACAGGGAAAUCCCAUCCCGACGGAGAAACAUACUCAGCCUAAGCUCGCAGAGGUCAAAACCGCCAUUUCCGAUCUUUUUUUUGAGGGAAAAAAAUUAGAGAUAUUGGGAAACUCGCAACUUCCCGAAUCCGAGCAUGCUUUUUGACACGAUUAUGAAUUCCGUUUUCCUGUAACCGGACAAACUGUGGCGUCAUUCCCUUCCUGACGAUCUCGCCUUAUCGGCUUGCCGAUUGGCUGUUGAUUUUCCCAAGGACGGCCCCACAACGCUGAUUUUAAUGUCUGAUUGGAUAAUGUAACUGUCAGUCAGCUGGAGGGACGUGUUGCGCUAUUGAUAGCAACGACAAAAAUGUUAUACCAGAAGUUUGUGGCAGGAAUGAGGAAAAAGAGUUAAGAGUCUUCGUACGCAAAAGGGGAAUAACGGCUAUCUGAAUUAUAUUUGCAGUAGGUGAAAGUCUUGCCUUUGAUUCAGAAAAUUGAGGGUUCAAAUCACUCGUUCAUGUAAACUAAAAGAUUUGCAACAGACCUCAAGGCUGGAUUUGUGGAGUUCGAUCUUCCCUUUUUUUUUCCCUAAACUCAAUUCACAACAACUUCCUCUUUUACCUGAAGAAGAAAAGCACCUGAACAUAACACCGCCUAGAUACAGGAUCGAAAUACUCCUCAUUGAGAGGAAAGAAAACAUGGAAGCAAUCCUCAUAGUAUUUGUAGUAGCCAUUUUAGGAUCACAGAUACAAGCAGGUCAUGUAGCAACCAGUGAAUGUAAAGUUGGAAAGAUUGGAGAAAACCAUCCCAUCACCAUCUCGCACCUUAAGCAACUCCCUCUGUUACAAAACUGUAUGUCCAGUCGUAGGUCUACAGCUAACGAAAUUGUUUAUACUAUCAACUUGAUUCUACCUCCUACAACAGAACUCCUUCAGAUUUCUUUGCACGUGCAGCCGAUUAGUGUCAACAAGACGUUGGUUCUUGUUUUGAACAGCAGCAAUGAUUUAGUUUGGAAUGUGAGUGCUAUCAAGAUGCCACUUAAAGUCUACCAUUCCACAAAAUCCUAUGUGAUACCCCAGGAAACAAGGAAACUUUCAAGUCUGGAAGAAUUGAAGCUAGUUGAGGAAAACUGCAGUUCAGUUAUUAGCUCAGUUAAGUUUGAAGAAGCUGGUGGAAUAACAAUAGAACUGAAAAAAGGUGAAACGUUCCCAAAUAAAUGUGAACAAAUGCCUUGCAUCAGUGCUGACAAUUAUCUGGAUCGCAAACCUCGCCAGGAAGACUUGGUGGGUUGUGUGACAUCUGACCAACAUGUUGUUCCUCAAAUCCACAUCAUAAACCUAAUACCAAUACCCAAUUAUUUCAGGAGCUUGGAAGAUAAGAGUGUUAACUUGAAUGUUGAAUUUACACAUGGAAAUAAUUGCCCAACUGUGUACCUGGUUAUACAGAGCAAUAAGCCUAUAAACCUGAACAUCAGUGGUGAAGUUCCUUCUUCAUUACAACUUAAGCUAUCCCACAGAAUUCAUGCAACUUGGCCUGGAUUGAAAACAUCAGUUGUAUCUAAUCUGCCAAAAGCUUCAGAACAGUUGGUGGAGUGGGCCAUUGAAAAUGAACGUGGUGCUACAUCGUUGACAGAGAUUCCAUUGUUUGAUGAGAUCAAACUUAAAUGUAAUCUUCGUGCAAAUGAUGUCCAUACGUCUGUGCUGCAAUCAGAGUCUCUAGACAACUAUGUUAAAUCUGUUCACUGUGGAGAAUCAGAGAUGGAAAUCAUUGUCCGCAAAGAUGGGAAGAAGCCAAUUCAGGAAAUAACAUUACUGGAUGAUAAUUGCAAAGGAAACAGUAAUGAAACACAUUUCUACCUGAAGUACAUCCCUUACACAGAAUGUAACACUACUGAAAGCGGAGGCAACUACAUAAACAAGCUAAAGGUGAAGUUGUACAAUGGAACUGAAAUCGUACAUGAUGUGCAUUGCCCACGAGUACAAGAAGUUUGUGAUCUUGUUACACAUAACAUGAUUGGCGAUGAAUCAUAUAUCAGAAUUUUUGGGCAUUGUGACUUUAAAAAGCCAUUCUCAAAGAUUUACAACAACACAAAUGUCAAUGGAGAGAUUUUACUCCCUUCACUUGGACAAAAUCAGAAUGCAUUUGGAAUUGACAUGAAGCUUCAAAACUGUUCUCUCAUCCCAAGAUUUGCAGUCAAUUCGGUCAAUAAAAGUGUCCUUCUUCCUAAAAUCUCAGUGACUGUAAUACAUGCAAAAUCACACAAAACCAAGUGUACAAAUGAAGUCAUAAACCACUACCCAUUCUGGUUUCUCUUCCAUAAUUCAUGGAGCCCAGUUGUUGAGGAAGCAGUCUUGGAAUGUUCUCAAGCAGCAUGUACUUCUGGGUCUUGCUUUGAUAUGAGAAGGAUAAAUAAAACGUUGAAAAUUGACAACCAUAGCCCUCCGCAUCCUAUUUGUCCCACACUCUCAGACCCCUCCAGUCAGGAGGAACCAGCUCCCACAAGUCGCAGACCAGACGGCCCAGACCUCACAAGUCACAGGCCAGAUCCUCCAGUGUUCCAGGGAUUGGGAAUGUCAGCUGCAUUAGGAAUUGCAUUUGGUGCAUUUGUCAUUGGAGCAUUUCUGAUUGCAGCUUUGUGGUAUAUCUAUUCACACACUCGUCCUUCUGAAAAAAAGCAGCCUGUUUUCACUAAUCCACCUACAUCUGAGAACAGCAGCACUAAUCACAGCAUCAGUAGCACCCGAAGUACCCCAUGUUCUACAAGCAGUGUUGCAUAGCCAUCAUCUUCAAUGCUUUCAACAAUACUGACUAGUUAAAAUAUGUUGUUUUAUGACAACUGCCUUUUCCUUUCUUGCAAAAUUCUGAGUAACCUAUGGUGAAUUCAACGGUAAAACAUCUUUGAAAGUGAUUUAACAGCUGCAAAGAAAAUCCAUUUUCAAAAAGAGAAAUGACUUGUGGCAUUACAGUUCACCAACUGGAACUCCAGUAGCAGAUCUGCCUAAUAGGUGUCAGGCAUCUAGAGAAUAACAUUGUCAGACAGUGACUACAAUGCAGGUGAUGCCUUAAACUACAAGGGUAAAAGUCUGAUUUCUUACUAUUGUUUGAAGAUAAGGCUAGGAUUAGCCAUGAAUAUUCAGGUAUUUGUGUAUUUUUAAUAUUUAAGUACUGGUAUAAUACUUUAUGCAAGGGUUUAAUAACUACUUUCACUUUCUCUCAGAGAGAUUAUUGAUGGUAAUGUAAACUAUAUGGGUGUGCUUUGUCAUCAGUAUUCCAAUGUGGAAUGCAGCCAUAACCAGCCAAAAACAGAAAUUGAGCAAUUAUGAUUUAAAGGGUGAUUCCACAAUCCUGUUGAAUUGUGCCCAAUUGACUUUGAUAGGACUUCACUUGAGAGAACGGAAGCUGCUGUUUUUGUGGCUUACGUCUUUGUCCCUUGCCCAUUUCAGUACAGUUGCCCACUAGGAGAAUAAAAACACAAUUAUCACAAUUUUUAUCAAGAUAUCAACUGAAUUUAACUAAUGCAAAAUUUUGCACCCUGCACACAAAUUGCAGUGUCACUGGUAGGAACGUUCCUUUUUAAAAGGGAAAAUCGAAAAUCGUGAUGAACUAAGUAACAAUUAGAAAAAAGCUGACUUAUUAAAGGAUGUUACAGGGAACCAAGAAAAGAUGAACCACUUUUUUACAGAUUUUUACAUUGUGCCUUUUAUUUAAAAGCAAAUCAUGAAUACAGUUUGACUACAGACUUACAAAAUGUACACUGCCAUGAAUCCUAUUGAAUAUCCUAGAAUCGUAAUUUUGAGAUCCCAUAAGCCAAAAAACAAACUCCCAAGUGAGUACUUUAUGUGUGGCCUUUAGAGAUAAUUAUUAAAGCAAUUACAAUUCUAAGUGCUGUGUUUACCAGAAGUUUACUCCUACCCAACAUCUGUUUGAGUCAGUUCACUGCUGGCCAAGGAAAGGGAAAGUCCAUGUCAAAUGACACAGUUGGCUUUCGGUUGAAUUGUACCUCAACCUAAUUUCCAACCAUUACUAUUAUCGAUAUCAACUAAAAAGGACACUGUACCGGUCCAUUUUAUUUGUAAACUUUUUAUCUUAGGAUAUGUUAUGUUAAAGUUACUAUAGAAAUGCAUGUUUUUCAUGCUUGGCCAUAGAGUAGAAAAUGCAAAUUUAAAGUAAAAUGAUUUAACAAGGUAUAGAGCUGGAUGAACACAGCAGAACAAGCAGCAUCAGAGGAGCAGGAAACCGGCAUUUGGGAUCUGGACCCUUCUUCUGAAGUGCAGUCUACUAAAUGCACUUUUCUGAAGAAGGGUCCAGACCCAAAACGUCAGCUUUCCUGCUCUUCUGAUGGUGAUUGGCUCCCAGAGUUCAUCCAACUCUACAUCCUGUUAUCUUAGAUUCUCCAGCGUCGGCAGUUCCUACUAUCUCUUAAAGUAAUAAGUUUUUUUUAAGAAAGAAAGAGAUUUUCUUGUUGAAAAAUUAACGAAGGGAAAAUCAAGACCCAUUCACCCAUCCUCUGCAAUUUCUCCCAGCCCUACAGCCGUAUCAAAAUUGUACAUUUGCCCACCUUUGAUACUUUCUGGACUCGGUCUUCCUCACCAUCGCAGGCAUUUAUUUUUUCUGGUCAGGCUCAACUCUGUAUAGCGCAGUCCUUUAAAUCUGUCCCUCACUGUCUCCUCCUCUUAAGACAAGAAUUAAAGACUACUUCUUAGCACUUUCUUUGAGCAUCACCUCCUUUAUCUCUUUUGUCAAUUUUUGUCUGAUUUGUGCUGUUAUGAAUGCUUUGAUACAUUGUAUUAAACUAAAAAUUUCAUACAAAUGUGUGAUAUAGAGGAACUAAUGGAUGCUGAAGUAGCAUCCACUAGAACCUUUGUAAUAGUGUGAAUUAUUAGUGUGAAUUAAAACUUGAAUAGAUAUGACUUCGGAUUCAUCCUCUUAGUUCGAGGGGAUUUUGUACGAAAAAUGUUGAGAAAUUGUUACCAUUUAAGGGCACUCUGACCAUCAUAUUCCAAAGUAGAGUGCGUAAGAUCCCUACAUAUAUCACCACGUGCUUAAAAGGUGCCUGGAAUUGUCGUAGUCAGUAUUGCCAUGCCAGUCCCAUUUGCAGCUGAUGUCGGGGGAUAGACUGCUUAACAAUAAUAGCCUUUCGUUUUCUCUUACUGGUCUGACACCAUCUCCACUAGUGGACUUUUCCUCAGUUGUAGCAGUCAAAAUUCCAAUCUGACCCAAUCCUGCUACCUCACCUUUUGUUCACAAUGUAUCUUGAAGAACGUGCGGGAACAAUAUUCAGAUGAGCUAGAUGUGUUUUAUCAGGCCUAACCAUAUCCCUCAAUGCUAUGAGAACACAAAUGAAAAUAUUAAAUGAGACGAAUUAUAAAUCCCAAUAAUUAACUUUGCCUCAUGUGAGAGAGUAAUUGAGUCCUAUAACAUGUGGAUCUUUCUGAUGUUGUAUAAUCUUGUUCGUAUUCCUUACUAAAUUGAAAUAGUGUUAAAAUGAAAUGAACAUUUAGAGGCUAAGUAUUUCUCCAGCUAUUCCCUUAUAAAUGUGUUUUAAGACAAUGGAGUUAAAUUAUUUUGUUGUCUUGCCUUUUGGAUUAAUUUCUAAGGUGCACAAAACCAUGUUCACAAGAAAAUAUGCAAACAACCAUUUUGGAUCAUUCAGUUAUAAUGUACAGAUUUGAGGAGUUGUAUUGACACUUCAAAUUGAAAGGACUUUACUUUAACGUUCCUUAGCAUCUAAUGGUGAUCACUGUGAACUGACAUUGAGAUUAAUGCACCAUUAAUACGUCAUACCAUAUUAACCAUAUUAACCAUAUACCAUAUUAACAAACAACCAACAAAGUCACUGAGCUUUCAGUAUUUUUCAAAAGAGGAAAGCUAGAAAACAACUUACAGGCUUGAAGGAAUAGACUAAAUCGAGUGGCAAAUCGGAUCUCUUGAAUUUAGGAGUUAAUACGUAUAGAUCAAGGGGAAGGUAAGAGAUUUUGGACCCAGAAUUUGUAUAAAUGUACCAUUAUGGUCCAACAUUGAAAAUAGUAUACAAUUUACAAAUGAAGUAGAAUUAUGUUAGUGAAGAUACAGUAAUAAACUGGCUAGGAAAGGUAUAAAUUAGGAUUUUAAAAGGGUACAUUAUCAAACAAAGUUUCUGUAAGUACACUAAUCAGAACAUCAUGAGAAUGACCAAUUUCAUUUGUGAAUUCUGAUUUAACAUUGGCUUUUUUGGGUCAAAGGGAAAUGGACCUUCUAUGAUCUCAUUAAAUGACCUGUGACUCUUCUGUUCAUCAUUUAGAUUGUUCACCUCAGAAAUUCAUUUUAUUCAUGAAUUUAAUAUUGAAGUAAGAACUAUGUUUGUUUUUCUGUAAAUUUUAUACUGAGUUUUUGCAAAGUUGCUUAAUCUUUACUACGUUUGUGAGAACAAAAAGUAAAGGCUGAUUUUUUUCUUAAAACUCUCAUUCAUUCUGAUGUUCAGAAUUCCAGCUGAAAAUUUCAUCUACCCCUAUCCCCCUUUGAGACAUUGUGUUCUUUUAUGUUGAUUACUAGUGGUAUUUAGUUUUUGCCACUAUAACCGACCCUUCUAAAAGGCUGCGUUUUACGGUGCCAGUAGGUUUGUUCUGUAUAUUUCCAGUUUUGGAACAAGUAUAUUUAAGUCCUCUUUCAAAAGGAAGAGAACUGUAUGAUUCAAGAAUCAUUAAAACAAAAAAAAACUUGCAUAGAAAUUCAUCUCAUUAAUAUAUUAUAAAUCAUAACUAUCAAUAUGCUUUGAGUAACCUGUUUUCUUUUUAAAUCAUAUCUGGUUCCCAAAUACUCUACAGUUUUAUUUCAGUUUUACAGCAUGGAGGAAAAAGCCCUUGAACAAUGUGUCCAUGCUGGUCUUCUCUUUAAUCCCAUUUCCCAGCAUUUAGCCGAUAGCCUUGUAUGCUAUGGCAUUUCAAUUGUUCGUCUAAAUAUUAACAUGUGAAGGAUCUCACUUCUGCCACCCUUCUGCCACCCUUUCAGGCAGUGGGUUCCAGAUAGCCACCACCCUCUGGCUGGGGGUUUCUUCAAAAUGCCUCUAAAUCUCUUCCCCUUAUUUUAAAUCCAUGUCCGUUGGUUGUUGAACCCUCUACUAAGUAGAAAUGUUUAUUUCUUUCUGUCUUACCUAUGUCAUUCAUAAAUGUGUGCACCAUUAUCCAGUCUCAUUUCAGCCUAUCUAGUCUCUUUUCCAAAAAAAAGCUAGAACUGUUAACUUUCUUUUGAUGCAGUUUUACUGUGGAUAAAAACUUGCCUAUUAGCUCUCCACUUGAUGUUGAUGUUACUUUCAUCAGCCUUUUAGAUACUAGCAAGCUUCCUUCAAAUUUACCUGCCGUUCAGACUGUCUUGAAGUGAAAUGUCAGAGCAACUUAUGAUUCUUAAUGGUUAUACAAAAAUUAACAUUUUAAUACUUAAGAAAUUUCUUAAUCCAUUCCAAUAUUACCACUUCAAGAAUUCUGAAAAGUUGUUGCAUUAGAUUUGUAUCCUCACAACAUUUAAAGGUUUGUGUGCCUACCAACAAAACAUUCAAGUCAAUUUUGAUUUUUGAUUGUUAAUCGAAAAUAAAUAUAUUGGGUUCCCCCCUCUCUCGCUGUGUUGGAGAAUAGCAAAUGUUAUGCUGUCAUCUGAAACAUUUUUAUUAAAAUACUUCUAAAUUGCAUGUUCGAUGGCAACUAAAUAGAUUAAAACUUUGAAAACUGAGUAUGUUGAAGGAUGUACUCUUUUUUAAUCAAAGCAUGUGUUGUCUUACAGCAUCCUCAGUGCCAGAAUAUUCAUUCAAACUAUUGUACUCCUUUUGAAAAAUCUGAUAUGUUCUUGUUCUUAUAUAAAUUGUAUUGUUUUAUGGAAGCUCUAAUUCUAUUUCUGUAUGUAUUUUCUUAAAUUACAAAUGCUUUUAAUGUCUUCGAAGAAGACAGUUAUUGAUCUGUAUCAGUCUUGUAUGAGAUAUGUAUAUUAUUGUCUAUAUUAUAAAGUUUAUUGUCAAGUUUAUUAAUAA